AGUACUGUAAAAGGCAAAAAAAAAAAAAACCUCUAAUAUUGCUGUUUCGGGUUCUUUUAGAUUUUUUCUAAAGUUCUGAAAUUUAGAGGUUUUUUUUUCUUCUGUGUAAAUUGUUUGAAGAUUAGAAAAAAAUUGGGUCUUUCGUGCUUCCGUUACAUUUUUCUUUUGAGCCGAGGGUCUAAAAUAGACCCCGCUUGUGGGAUUACAUUGGGUUUUGGUUUAGAUUGGAAUGGAGAAAAUGUCAUAAUUGCGAAGAAAUCGAAGUAAGGGGGUUGAUAUUGAGUGGUGCUGGUGAAGUAUGAACAACAUUGAUGAGAUGAAUCCCAAUGUUUCUGUUCGAAAGCGGUUUAAGUUUCCUAAAAAGUUUUUUGAUGAGUGUAAUGGAGUCGAUCAUGCUUCUGUUCCUCGGAAACUUCGUUCAGCGAUCAAGAAGAGAACUCGCCAGUCCAUCUCUCCGCCUUUGCCAAUUUCCAAAAAGGUGAAUCACAUGUCAGAUGGAGCUGAAACAUUAAGGAAAUAUGUCAACAAAUCCAAGCUUAAUUUGACUCAUUGUGGCUCGAGUCGGUGUAUAAAGGAGCUUGAAGGCCCAAUCACCAAAGAUGAAGAAGAAGUGGCUGAAACUUUGUAUGCUUUAGCUGGUAUGAUCCCAGACACUGAAACCUUGAGCGAAAGCAAAAUAAAUAGUCAACUGCCAGAAGUGAAAUCUUUGGACUUACCAGAACCAGAGACUUCUGUGAUUGCAAGUGGAGUUGUAACGGAAGAGCAGUUUCCAGAUUUAGCUGUUUCUGCUGGAGAAGCUACCAAAUCAAAAUCAUUUGGGGAUGCUUCCCGGUGUGAAACAUCCAUCAAAACAGAGCAUCCCGAAAUUUCACUGCGACCGGUUGUUGCUUCUGGAUAUCAAGCUAACCAACAAAACACGCACAAGGAGAAGAGGAAUAAUGGUUCAUUGUUGUGGCCGGGCUUGUCUGCAGUAGGGUCGUCUUGUUCCGACAUACUUGGUUCUUCACAGCAGUUUCCGAUUGCCAAACUUCCUGCUUGGUUUGGAAGCACUGGUUCUGAUCCUCAAGCUCAAAACACAGAAGCGCGUCUCCCAACCAUGAAGGAUUCUCAAGUCCUAAUUGAAUUGAGGAAGUCAUUUAAGAGGUGUGCUGCUCAUGUUUAUAUAAGUCGGUUAACUAAAGUCUUGCAGACUGCGGUGAGAGCCGACACAAUCUCAUCGCAUCCUUCUCAGUCUUCAUCUCCCGAUGGAUUGAAGCAAGGAACUCACAUAAUUCAGCACAGCUUAACUGGAAAGGUGAAUGAUAUGCAUGGGAUUGUUUCUACUGCUGAGAAGAAUCCAACUGAAGUUAGAAAUGCAAUCCUUUUGCACAAAAGACUCCUCCAAGAUCAGCAACAGGCUUCUACAACGUCCGGGUUCAAUUCCUUAGUAAAGCAGAACGCAGAUUUCCUGUCAUUGUCAGCUGGAAGUUAUGUGAUGAAAGGCAAUAAUGGUGCUAAUAAACAUCCAGCCAUGCAUUUCUUGCCGCCUCAGAAUGGUUAUUCUUCUGCAUCUUUCCGUUGCCAUCCUGCAACGGCAACAGCUCAGCAGUUGCAGAUUCUGCUACCUCCAUAUCUUGGAGGUGCAUCAACUCAUCCUUCACUUGAAGCUACUAUGGUCUUACCAAGACAAUCUUCACAGCAGAAUGAACUACGAAACGCUCAUUUCACUGCUCAGUACAAGUUCGGACUCUCUGCCUCACAAAUGCAAGACUGGCAAAAUGCACACCGACAAAUGCCUAUUUUGGGACCUUCUCAAGCUCAAUUUGCAGCUUCUUCUUCCUCCAUGGAAGCACUUUCUUCCAAGUAUGCUCCAGCCUUGUUGAACGAACAGGAGCUUAUGUCAAUUUCUACGUCACGUGCAAAUUCAAGAAUCAGAGGACAAUAUUACAGUUUCCCUUCUGGCUUGGAGGGAAACGGACUUUACCCCAAUAAUGUGCCUCCUUUGCAGCUUCUUUGCAAUGAUCGUCGUUGAUCAGAUAGGACCUCCUGCAAAUAAUAAUUGAUUUAUUCUUUUCUUUGCUUAUGCAUGAGUAGGUGUCCAUUCUGUUAAUGAAUAUAGCAAGAGGAGGAACAAAAGAAGGGAGGAUAUAGUAAAUUUCGGGUCCCUUACUAGAUGCUUUGGCCUAGUAUAAUAUCAUAUGUUAAAGGCUUACUUAUAAUGUUUCACUUUCAAUUAAUUAUAGAGUUCGGAAUUGGUUGUUGGUUUCCGCUUGUUAUUUGUGUAAGAAGAAGAAAGAGUCCUAAUUUACCUUCUA